AUGGGUGGGAAGAGUUUUGAACAGGGACGUGUCAAAGGGAUUUCAUUAAAGAGAGGGUCAAUUUUUACCAAUGGAUCCACUCCAGUGAGAGGAGAAACAGUGGCCAAGUUGAAGGUGGCAAUCAAUGAUUUUGGACGAAUUGGCAGAAACUUUCUUCGUUGUUGGCACGGCCGAAAAGACUCACCCCUUGAUGUUGUUGUUGUCAACGAUAGUGGUGGUGUCAAGAAUGCUUCACACCUGUUGAAAUAUGAUUCUAUGCUGGGAACAUUUAAAGCAGAUGUGAAGAUACUAGACAAUGAAACCAUCACUGUUGAUGGUAAGCCCAUCAAGGUUGUUUCAAGCAGGGAUCCUCUUAAGCUUCCUUGGACUGAACUAGGAAUUGACAUUGUUAUCGAGGUAACCUCCAUUACUUGAUUUAUCUUAAACAUC